GUCAAGACCCACCUCCUCCAAGCCCAGACACUGUCAGCCAUGGCUGUGGGCCACCAGCACAACCACGAGUGGUUCGUGAAGGGCAGCUGGGCCGCGGUGCUGGCAGGGGGCAUGGUGAGCGGUGUGGCUGUGGCAGUGACGAUGACUCCUUUCGAUGUGAUCAGCACCCGUCUCUACAACCAGCCGGUGGAUGCUGAUGGCACGGGCAAGCUCUACCGGGGGUUUUUGGAUUGUAUCCUGCAAAUCUCCAGCAAAGAGGGGCUGCUGGGCUUGUACAAGGGCAUCGGCGCCGUCUACCUGCGCCUCGGCCCCCACACUGUCCUCAGCCUCUUCUUUUGGGACAAGCUCAGGAACAUGGUGCAGCACCAGCAGCGCCCGGGGCCGUAG